GGGAGACGGAGCAGGAGAGAGGGGGGGAAAGCUGAGUGGAGAGAAGACGUUCCCAGACCAGUCAGUGGCUUCAUGGAGUUCUGUACCUCUGAUCCGCCGCCAUGGAUUGCAAUCCGCGAUCACUUCUUUUCAUUUUACACCUUCUAAUCUCCUGCGUUGUCCCUGCUUUCUUCAUCAUCUACCCCCCCAAUGAAGUUAACCUGUUAGACUCUAAAGCAAGCCAAGGGGAGCUAGGAUGGAUUUCCUACCCAUCACAUGGGUGGAGGGAAAAUUGGGAGGAGAUCAGUGGUGUGGACGAGCACUACACCCCCAUUAGGACCUUCCAGGUCUGCAAUGUGAUGGAGUACAGCCAGAACAACUGGCUUCGCACCAACUGGAUCACUCGCCAGUCGGCGCAGAAGAUCUACGUGGAGCUGAAGUUCACCCUGCGGGACUGCAACUCCAUCCCACUGGUCCUUGGCACAUGUAAGGAGACCUUUAACCUCCUCUACCUGGAGACAGACGAUGACCAGGGAAGCCACUUCAGGGAGCAUCAGUUUCUGAAGAUUGACACCAUUGCUGCAGAUGAGAGCUUUACCCAAACAGACCUUGGAGAUCGUAUCCUCAAGCUCAACACUGAGGUGCGUGAGGUGGGCCCUUUGAGCAAGAAAGGUUUCUACCUGGCAUUCCAGGACGUGGGUGCCUGCGUGGCUUUAGUCUCAGUCAGAGUUUACUUUAAAAAGUGUCCACAAACUGUGAAGAAUUUGGCCUCCUUCCCUGACACUGUGCCCAUGGACUCCCAGUCCCUGGUUGAGGUCAAAGGCUUGUGUGUCAAUUACUCAAAAGAGGAGGAACCCCCACGAAUGUACUGUAGCACAGAGGGGGAGUGGCUCGUGCCUAUUGGGAAGUGUCUCUGUAACCCAGGAUACGAGGAGAGAAUCAGCACCUGCCAAAUGUGCAGGGCUGGCUUCUACAAAUCUACCCACGGCAACAUGGAGUGUUCAAAGUGUCCGCCUCAUAGCUUCUCCCACCAUGAGGGGUCAUUGCACUGUGGCUGUGAGAAAAAUUAUUUUCGGGCUGAAGGAGAUCCUGCCUCCAUGGCAUGUACUCGACCUCCUUCUGCUCCCCGGAAUGUGAUCUCCUCCAUCAACGAGACCUCAGUUAUCCUGGACUGGAGCUGGCCAGAGGACACAGGAGGACGUAGGGAUAUCACUUUUAAUGUCCUCUGCAAACGCUGCCGGGGUGCUGCUGCCAAUGGGAGCACCGGUGGGACUCUGAAUUGUGAGCCUUGUCGAAGCAAUGUCCGCUUUCUGCCAAGAGCUACUGGUCUCCACAACACCACCGUGACAGUGGGUGACCUGUUGGCUCAUACUAAUUACACCUUCGAGAUUGAAGCACAGAAUGGCGUAUCAUCACUGGCUCCCAAAAUGAGACAAUAUGCUGCUGUCACCAUUACCACCAAUCAAGCAGCUCCCUCUCCAGUAACUGUGAUCCGAAAGGAGAAGACAUCUCGAAACAGCAUCUCAUUGUCCUGGCAGGAACCAGACAGACCCAACGGCAUCAUCCUGGACUAUGAGAUUAAAUACUAUGAAAAGGAAGAACAGGAGACCAGCUAUACCAUUCUUCGAGCUCGGGGUUGUAAUGUGACCCUGAAUGGUCUGAAGCCCAACACAGCCUACCUGCUCCAGAUCAGAGCUCGCACUGCCGCUGGAUAUGGAGCCAGCAGCCCCAGCUUCCAGUUUGAAACCAGCCCUGACUCAGCCUUCUCAAUCUCCAGUGAGAACAGCCAGGUUGUCUUAAUUGCCAUUUCCUGUGCGGUGGCCAUCAUACUGCUCACCGUGCUGCUCUACAUCCUGAUUGGAAGGUUUUGUUGCCGCAGCAAAUCCAAACAUCCUGAUGAGAAAAGACUUCACUUUGGCAAUGGCCACUUGCGCCUGCCAGGAAUCAGGACUUAUGUGGAUCCCCACACGUAUGAAGACCCGAGCCAGGCUGUUCAUGAAUUUGCCAAGGAACUUGACGCCUCCUGCAUUGCUAUUGAUAAAGUCGUGGGAGCAGGUGAGUUUGGAGAAGUGUGCAGUGGUCGCCUAAAACUGCCCAGCAAGAAGGAGAUCUGUGUGGCCAUCAAGACUCUUAAAGGAGGUUACACAGACAAGCAGAGGCGGGACUUCCUUGCAGAAGCAUCAAUCAUGGGACAGUUUGAUCACCCCAAUAUCAUCAGGCUGGAGGGUGUAGUGACACGCAGUAAGCCCGUUAUGAUUGUCACUGAGUACAUGGAGAACGGAUCCCUCGAUAGCUUCCUAAGAAAACAUGAUGCCCAGUUUACAGGAAUCCAGCUGGUCGGCAUGCUGCGUGGUAUCGCCUCGGGCAUGAAAUAUUUGUCAGACAUGGGCUAUGUUCACCGAGACCUGGCAGCCCGAAACAUUCUGGUCAACAGCAAUCUGGUGUGCAAAGUGUCAGACUUUGGCUUGUCCAGAGUGCUGGAGGACGACCCGGAGGCUGCAUACACCACCAGGGGAGGAAAAAUCCCCAUCCGGUGGACAGCCCCAGAGGCAAUCGCCUACAGGAAGUUUACAUCAGCCAGCGAUGCUUGGAGUUAUGGCAUCGUUCUCUGGGAGGUGAUGUCAUAUGGAGAGCGGCCAUACUGGGAGAUGUCCAAUCAGGAUGUAAUAAAAGCUGUAGACGAGGGUUACCGCUUGCCACCACCCAUGGACUGCCCUGCCACACUCUAUCAACUGAUGUUGGACUGCUGGCAGAAGGAGCGGAAUAACCGUCCGAAGUUUGACCAAAUUGUCAGCAUUCUUGACAAACUCAUUCGCAACCCCUGCAGCCUCAAAAUCACAGCCAACACUACAUCCAGACCAGCGAACCUGUUGUUGGACAGGAGCAGUGCAGAAGUUCCCUCAGUGGGGACGAUGGGUGACUGGAUGGAUGCCAUGAGGACCUUGCCUUGCAAGGAGGCCUUCUCAGGGGUCAGCUACAGCUCCUGUGACACCCUGGCCAAGACCUCUACAGAUAGAGUGGUUCUGACGGAGGUCCACAUCACACCAGCUACAUGCCCAGAAUGGGAGCCAUCAAUGGGAAUCACCACCCUCUAACGCCCAGCUCCUCUCCACCCUAAAAAGGCUCUGGAUGGGAUCUGAAAAAGGUUGGAGUGACUAUUGCAGGACCGCAAAAGAAGAUUGUGAGCAGCCUGAAAGCCCUAGAAUCCCAUACCAAGAAUGGUCCAGUACCUGUUUAAAAACAAUAACAAGAAAUGAAAACCACCAGAGACUUUUCUGUUGGUCUGUGUUUACACACACUAACACAGUGGCUACAUAUCUAAAUAAUAUGGAGAUGCAAAUGGAUGGAAAAGAAAAAAAAAUGUCUCAUGUGAUGUCUUUCACACAUUGUUGAAAGCUUUCUAACAGAGAAGUGGGAAAGGGUUCAGAACUGACCUGCUACCUUGUAAGCUGACUGGCUCACCCCUCUCCCUACAAGCCCACAUUGAGAUGCCUUACUGACUAAUAGAGGGGGGAGAGAGAAAACAAAAGGUAAGGAGGUCAGAAAGACAUUAUGAGGAACGCAAGCCUGGUCAUUAUUGGAAAACAUAGCAGGGAGAGACAAAAUGCUGGAGCUGUCCUUGGCUAACGCCGGCGUCUUCCGAAGGGAGGAGAACAGCUGAUAUGCCAUGAGUAGAAGAGCAUGGCAGACAUCCACAGCUGAUUUAUAUCAUCUGAAUUGAUGAAGUCUGAGGCUGGGAUAUGAGUUGCAGCUACCUACAUUCAGUACUCAGUCCAAGACAUGGCCAAAUUCAUGUGGACUCACCUAUUGUUUGACUCUGUAGCUCUAACAUAAAGCAUUUGCAUUCAGUAGACAUGCCACUAAAAGCAAUAAGGUUGUAAUCCAUCAAAUCCAUUCAUCGUAUGUAUUAAAUGCUGUGCUUUGAAGACGAAGUGGCCAUAACACUGCACACCCAGAAUUUUCAUUAUUGUGACAUCUUUGUUCCAUGUGCUAAUGUUAGGUACUAUUACCCACCACCUUCAUGUGGAAUCUCAGGAUGAGUAUAUCCUGUUUUUUCCUACAACAGGAAACCGGUGGAAAGCUGAGAUGGAAGGAGUUUAAUGACAUGAAGGUAAAGAGGAAAUACUUAGAGCAAAGCAAAUGCAAGGAGCCCAAAACAGAAAAAGUGAUCUGUCGGUUGCUGGUCAUUUCACCCUGUUCCAUUUCAUACCUUUGUAAUUGUGGUUGUUCAAAACCUAGCUGUUCUGGGUUCACAAUGGCAUUAUGUAUUGUUUGACUCUUUGCACCUAUCAUCCAUUAAGUAAUACUCACUUUUUUAUUUUAAAGUGAUCCCUUAUUACUUCACUUUAUAAUGGCACCCAGCAGGAGAUUAGUCAGAGCUACUGUAAUUUGAUCAGGGGUUAAUCCGUAUCAUAAAUAAAUGGGAAUAUGGAAUAGUACCAAUAUUUUUCAUAAAAUAUACAGUUAAGAUUAAUUAUUCUAGAGAUUUCUACAGUUCUUGAGAGGGAGUUCUGUUACUCAUAAAAUAUGUUACUAAAAAUACUGAUAAGCAAUAUUUUAAUUUUAUGGAUAACAAAUGGUUUGUUUACAAGUAUGAACUGGAAGUAAAAAGAACUAAGUAGCAGUGCAUAGGUAAGACAUGGGGGUACAGGAUGGCAAAGGGGUGAACAGACCCAAUUGUCUGUAUGAAAUGUUUUUGUGAUGCAGAGUUGUUUUCAAAUAUGACUUUGAGAUUAAGUUUCUUCUUUGGGAAAGACAAGUUUGCGCCAAGACUUCAAAACAGCUGAUUUUUUUUUUUUUGAAUGGGCAAGGUAAGUAAGUAAACAAGGUGGUCAAGCUGAAGAUUUUACACAAUAGCUCAAUGAAUAAAGCCAUGUGAAAAGCUCUCUCUUUUUUAAAUUUUGGUUUCAAAUAAUUUGAACUACACUUAAAAAAAUAUAGAAAACUAACUUAGAACUAAUGAAUCUUGUUGUUUUCCAAGCAAAAAAAUAGAGUGCCUCCUGUAGUUGGUCUUGAUCAUGGUGGAAUCACCAAGAAAACAUUUAUUUUAGUUUAAUGUAAUAAAGUGUUUCUCAUGUUUUCUUUAGAGUAUAGCUCAAUCAUCAAUUGCCCCAGUCUGACUCAAUAUUAAAAUGUUCUGAUAACAAUGCAAUACAUCCAAUAAAUUAUUGCUUUCUGAAAUAGUAACUUGAUAUGCCACGUCCAUCAUGGGAUUUCCUAAAGGCACCUUAAAAUAUCUAUGUAAAUGGAGUACAUAUUUAACGAUGCUAGUCUUCUGCUUUGAUGUCACCCAGCUGGUCCCUCAGUGCAACACUUACCCAGUAUUUUUGAACUGGCACUUUGGUACUUUGUGCUCUUGAACGCGUGAUAUUUACAAUGAAGAUGCUGUCUUUAUGCCUCUUUAAGCACUUGGUACACAUUACUGUAGCACUUUGAAUGACAACGUUUUUGCCUUGGCUGUAGACUAAGCUUGAUUAAAGCACAGGGGUGCUGUUGGUGCUUUUGGGAAACCCAGCCCUGUUCAGUGUGUCAAUUCUGUCUUCCUUUACUUGGUCUACCUGUGGAUGCUGCUGUUGCUGAUAUGUGUUUGAAAUUAGCAUGUACAUAAUGUAAAACCAUCAUAAAGAAAGCAACUAGCACUCCGGAUCUCACUAUAUACAUGGCCAUCCAUUUUUUUUGUACAAAUGUUUGUAUGUAUAAAUGAUUGAAUAAAAAUUGUGCAACAUUUUUAAUUAAAAUUGAGGAAAAAAAUCAUCUGUAUUAUAUUUUAUCCUACUUUGAAUCAUACUUGUUAGUUUUUUCUACAAUAAAAAGGCAAUUAUGAUUACAUUAUUUAUUUGUUAACAUUAUACAAUGCAUUGAUGAUUUUUGAGCGUAGAUUAAAUUAUGUGUCUGUGAUGUCUUGAUAUGAUUUUAACACAAACUUCAUAAACCUGAGACAUCUGAGAGAGCAAUAUUGUUACGGACCCUAUACAAAUCCCUAAUUUUAUGUCUAAAGACUGACAUGUGUGUCUGUUUGAGUUUGUCUGCAAAUGUAGAUGGCCUUGUCUACUAAUGUAAAAUGGUUUGUAGUGAAAACAUUUAUAUUUUUAUAAUAAAUAAUUCACAAAAUA